AUGCCCCAUCCACAGUCAAUGUCAGCGGCCGCCACAUGCCCCUCCCCCUCCCCAGCUCACCCAAAUGUCCCUCCCUUCCAUCAAGAUGGUCUUCUGGAGCAACUGCGGCAGCUGCUGCAGAAGCGAGGCGACCCCACCAGGACAUCGGCAUACCAUCCGGCCUAUCAAGGAGUGCAGUUCUCUGUGCGCAGCGUCGAUGGUGGAAACGGCGCGUAUGAGGUGCUCGCAGGGCCCUUCCACGACAGCCAGGGGGAGCUGUUCGCCGCCGAGUGGGGCGUGACUCGGGACCCGAAGAAGGGCUGGCUGCUGGGCGACCUGACGCAGGUGCUGAAGCGGGUUGAGAAGGGGGGGCCGAUAGCAGCGGACGAGCCCUUUGAGGUGAGGACGAGCCACCAGGGGGCCCGGCGGUAUCUCAUGAUGAAGCCGACUGUAGAUGCACCUAACGACAACCCAGCAGGUGAGAGAGAGAGGGAGGGGGAGAAAAAGGUCAAACAGCUUGUCAGUUCCCAUAUCUGCCAUCUCUGUUGCGUGAGUCGAUGCAGGCCCAGUGUCGCCCUCUCCCCCACCCCCACCCCAAUCUCUCGCACACCCAAGCCACGAGGAUACCUGUCCAGCCAACCACACAAACCCACAACCGCGUGGCAGCGGUCAUUCAGCACGCCACAGGGCCCCCUCACGUGUCGCCAACAAGAGGGCGAUCGACACGCCAUCUCCCUCGCCCCCACCGGCCGCUGGUCCAUCCAACCAUGCCUCCCCGACCGUAGCGGUAGGUGGUCCGGGAGACGAGAGGAACACCGUUGGGCAGCUCCUGAGGACGAUACGACACAAGCAGGACCCCGGCCACUCGGCGUACUCGGCGGCCUACGAGGGCAUGCAGUUUAGCGCCGAGAAGAUGGCGGACGGGCGGCACUUUCUGGUCACCGGCUGGCCAUCUGACAGCGAUGCCGACCAGCCCCUGUGUGUGCGGGCGGCGGUGUAUCGCGACUCCAACGGGACGGCCACUGGGUGGGAGCUGUGGCGACUGACGGACAUGCUCACGGCGGCGCGGGCGGGAUCGGUGGAAACCGACGAGCGUUUCGAGAUCGUCACUGCUGUGGUGGCUGGCGAGGAGAGGCAAGUGGUGCAGUGGAGGGCUCCGCAGCGUGGGAAGAAGCCAGCGGUGUCGCGGCCUCCCAAACACAAGAAGCCGGCCAGCCCAUGUCGUGACACAGGUGAGUGAGAUCAAUGACACAGACAGGGCCAAUGUAUGACUAGCUCCCAUCUUGCUUGCUAAUAUGUCCCCUUGCAGGCCCUGGCGACCGUCGCAAGCGGCCCCUCUCCCGCGACCCACUCCCUCUCCCCUCCCUCGACAGCAAUGGUGAUGGACGUGAUGGCUCCCUCAACCAAAGCCGCCCUCCCAAGCGCCAGCGCGGCCCACACGGCCGCGGCCUCGCCAGUCGGCCUUCGGAGCACCAUGGCCCACAUCGAGAGCUGACGAGUCUCGAUGGGUUAUGUGGCGACGAGCUGGCUCGGAUGUUGAUGCGGCGGACGCGGGAGGAGCAGCCGGACGACUUCCUUGCGCCAGACAGAGGAGGGUGAGUAUGACCAAGUAAUUGAUGGAUGCUCUCAUGUUGACAGUGCCAUCUGUGUUUGUGUCAGGAUUGGCAUUUCGUGGCGGACCAACUACACUUACGAGGCCUACUUCUGGGAUAGCGACGCAUCGACGACCGUCGGCCUGCGUCAGUUCCCUGUCGGCUAUGGCGCCUCCCGAGCGGCCAUCUUCACGGCCUUCCGUGAGGCUGUCGAGUGCCGCAAUGCCCUCCACCAGUCCCGUGUGGGCGAUCGGGCGAUGGCCAUCGAUCUGUCGUGGCUGCAGCAGGCACAGCAGGGGGAGGGACAGACGGACGGCGGGAUGCUUGAGGGGCAAUUCGGCUGGAGCCCUCCCCCGCAGCGUCGCAAGCGCACCAAGGGGCCCAGUGACGACCCGCCCCUCGACUCCUCUCCCCCCUCCCGCCCUCCCCCGUCCAUUUUUUCUCGCCUCCCGGCCCGCCCCCCCUGGGCGUCGAGAAGGUGGCGCAACAAGGGGCCGGGGUGGCCGGCAGAGGAACAGCGUCGCUCGGGCGGCACGUCAGUCUGACAGCUGUGACGACCAUCAUGACGGCAGCAGCUCAUCGUCUCCCCAGCCACGACGGAGGCCCAAGGCAGCCAAGAGGGAUGGUGUGUCGGCCCCUGCCGGUGAUGUGCCAUCGUCCAUCUAUACUCUCAAUCCCGAGUGGGCCGCCGACACAGACAAGAAGACCAGCACCAAGACCGUCAUCACAAAAUCCGGUGAGGAGCGCAAGAAGCGAAUUCAAACGCAAUCACUGACCUUUGUGUGUCCCACCAACUGCAGAGCAUCAGUCGGACGUGACGGGGGUACAUUGGCAUGAGGCGAGUCAGGGCUGGAGGGCAUCGUGGCACGAGAGGGGCGACCCGAAGAUGAAAUGGAAGAACUUCUCCGUCAAAGACCAUGGCUUCGACGGAGCCAAGGUGCGCUAACGCCUCCUAUCGUCCCGUCUGUCUCUCUCUGAGUGUCCCACAUGUGUGCCUCCGUCCGUCAGGCGUUGGCCGAGGAGCAUCGUCGUGAGCUGGAGCGCACCGGACGGGCGGCGGUCAAGAAGCCAUCGGAGAACCAGAGCGGCGUCAAGGGUGUCUACUACGACAAGGGCAGCAACUCAUGGGUCGCUCAGUGGCGCGAGAGCGGCAAACAGAAGAAGAAGCCCUUCUCUGUGCGUGAGCUGGGCUAUGAGGGCGCCAAGCAGGCGGCGAUAGCCCACCGCCGUGCGAUGGAGGGAAGGCAUUACACAUUCAAAGACAAGGCAGUCAAGGAAGACUGAUCAGUGAGAGAGGCACACCUAGGUCGGAAGAGAGCUGUCCCUACUUAUCCAGUGCGACUAG